UUUUAGAAAGUUGUGGGGAAAAUCCGCAUAAUUGGUGUGUGAGAGUUAUUUCUGGCCGAAAUUUUUGCAUUUUAAUUCGGUGAAAUGUGGAUAUUUGGUUACGGUUCAUUGCUUUGGUAUACAGAUUUUCCAUAUCAAAGUGUCAUUCCUGGUAUUGUACGAGGUUAUUCACGUCGAUUUUGGCAACUUAGUCCUGAUCAUAGAGGGACAACGAGCAGUCCUGGUCGUACAGUAACAUUGGUAGAAGAUGCAAAUGGUUCUUGCUGGGGUUUAGCUUAUGAAGUUGCUGAGGAGCAAGCAUCGAAUACAAUCAAAUAUUUGGAUGUACGAGAGAAGGCUGGCUAUUUGAGAAAGGAAGUGAUGUUUUAUCCGGACAAUGGUAGUUCAUUUUUUCCAAUAAAUGUUUAUUUAGCUGCUGAAAAUGGGAAUCCCUACUUCACAGGUCCUACUGAUGAGAAAAGCAUUGUGCAUACCAUACUUAGAGCCCGUGGAAUAAGUGGAACGAAUAUUGAAUAUGUCUUACGAUUAGCAGAAUGCGUUCAUAGAAUGGCACCACAUAUUAACGAUGAACAUCUGUUUGCGAUUGAAAGAGAAGUGGUGGAUGGAUGUCAUCAGUUAAACAUUCAGGACGAUUAUCUAGCUAAAUAUCUGAAUCAAAAACGAACAAUUGAAUCGCUUACAAAAAAACCAUAA